AUGAAGACUACCUACACUUUUCUCCUGGCCACCCUCCUGUCGUCUGUUGCCUUCUCGGCUCCGACUCCUGAGGCCAACCCGGACAAUGUUGACGCUGGGCACUUCCUUGAGAAGGCAUACGUGUGGAGUAGCUAUAACAAGGAGCCUUCUAAGGAAGAAAGCAUUGCCGAGAAGCGAGAACCCAGCCCCGAUAAUGUGGACGCUGGUCACUUCUUGGAGAAGGCCUACGUCUGGAGUAGCUACAACAAGGAGCCGGCGAAGGUGGAGAGCACUGUUGAGAAACGCGAUGCCAACCCAGACAAUGUUGAUGCUGGACACUUCCUUGAGAAGGCCUACGUCUGGAGCAGUUACAACAAGCAGACUGAGGAGGAUGAUAAGGCUGUCUGA